AUGGCUUACAAAGAUAUCGUUCCAGUUGGAUCUGGAUUAAUUAUUGGUGCUACGUCGUUUGGAUUGGGUGUACUCUAUGCCAAUUUGCCGUACGACGUGAAUACGUUAUGGAGACAAGAUGAGACAGGGACUGCUUUCAUAACAUCAUUGGCACAUUAUAGUGUUUGGGGUAACUCACCAGCAUAUGUCCAUCAUAUUUUCCACUCUGUUAUUGGAUUAGGAUUCAUUGGUGCAUUCAUCAAGUUGUACAAGCCAAGUGAAGAUGCUAAGUACUUUGAGUAUGGUUCUUUGUUUUUGUACAUGGUAGGUGUGAUUAUUUACUUGACCAACUUGAGAAUUGGUGUUAACAGUUGCUUGGCUGGAGAUUGGGGUGAAGUUGACAUGCCUACUGGGAUCAAUGUUAUGGCUGCGUCGCAAGUGAUGAUUGGAUUUGCGUUAUUUGGUGUUUUAUUAUUGCAAGGAGGAUUAUACUACGCCGAAUGGUAUGACAACAGAUUGAAGGUUAAGUUCUUUGAAGAAGAAGAAAGAGCAGCUCUUGCUGCUGCUUCUGCCAAGACAGACAACCUCGCGGAGAGUGAAGUCGUGGGAAGUAAAGGUGCUUCUGCUUCCGGUGCUUCUGCUUCCUCCACCAAGGCCAAGAAGAAGUCGAAAUAG